GAUUACACCACGCUCUAAUCAAAUAUAAUCUUCAUAUGCAAUUUUUCGACAAAAUGCACUAUUUUACGUUACCACUCCUUCUUGCUGCCGCCACUCUGGGUCCACUUGCCGCCCUUGCGAGAUCUGGCAACCCCACCGAACCGACUUCCACGCUCCCACAAAGUUAUUACCUCCAGUUCAUUCUCGCCAAUUCUCUCCAACUCGGAGAAUCCUGUUCCUGGAAUGACGAAGCCUUCCGUCAAGCUGGUAUGCGCCAGAUGAGAAAAUUUCCCAAAGAUAGCAAAGAAAGCGACCAGGUUUUCGAUAGCAUCGUGUCCAACACGGUAGAAAAACGGAGGACCUUCUGUGUAUUGAAGGAAAUGCUGGUGUGUGACAAGAAUACGGCAACAUGCGUUUGCGGGGAAGUAGAUGUUCAGGUCAGCCUGGGAGUUAGGUAUAAACCGACGGAUUACGUUGCAGAAUUGGACGCCAACACGGGAGCAAACGUGUGUCGUUAUUCUCGAGGGACAGCCUGCAUCCCUGAACAAGCCACAACAGGGGCUGAUACCUUUGAGGCGAAAUGUGCUCAAGGUCUGAGCUGUACUUAUGUCAAGGAUGGAACCACAUGCACUACUGCAUCAACGGUCAACUAUUUGGUGGAUUCGCUGCAAAAAAAGCUAACAUACGAGGAGUACACGGAAGGGAUUUUGACAGGAAAGAUGUGCCAGUGUGCAAAGGAAGAUAACACGGGGACUGAUGAUAACAACAAUUGGAAUGGAAGGUUUAAAAGAAGCCUGUCUGGAGAUGAUGAUACGUAUGCACGAGCAAAAGCUGCAUUGUUGUCGCCGAGAGUGAUGGAAUUGUAAUAAUCUUGAGGGUAAUGGGUUCAUAAAUAAUUUAAGGGAUAUAAAUGAAUAAAAAAACAUAGUUUUCAUUUGGAAUUUUUUGAAGUAACGUAGUAGUAUUAGUGAAAUGCUUUACGUAUUAUUUACGAAAAGUAGUGUAAAAUUUCGUUAAAGUUACAAAUUGGGGUUUCCUUUGCGGUCAGACUUUUAAUUUCUUGCUCAUGGAAAGCGUAUUAAAUAUUCUUUUGUGGCAGAUAUUCCAGAAUAUUUAGACCCAACCUUUCACAUAAGUUGUACUUCGUCAUGUCAAAAGGCAAGCAUAUGCCGUCAAUGUAUUUUUGUGAUGGGAUUCGAUGGGGAUUGAUAAAUAAAUACGUUGACGUGGUACAUACGUAGA